UGGAAGGCACCAAUUCUCUCUUUCCACUCUAAUCUCCAGGCGGUAACCGGCGAAACUCCCGCCGUGCCACGUCAAUGUCUUCCAUCUUUCUUCCCUCCAACGCAAAACACCGUGACAUUCCUACCAUUACUAUCAAUCCAUUUCUUUGAACAAGUCCCACCUAAACGCCAUAAUGUCGACCCACCUAUGCGCGGUUUGCAACCGCUUUGUACCCCACUGGCAACCGAAAGGGUUCAAAUGGGGGAGUCCACAUCACUCGAGUCUACACAACCUCCUUCAAGCGGCAGACGAGGGAUGCUAUAUAUGCCAGUCAAUCACAAAAAGUUGCCAUUGGAGGGAUAUAUCCUACUUGGCCUCCAAAGGCUUUCCGUUUGACUUUACAGUGUCUCUAGGGACUAAUUACAACGGCUCUCACUUGACUCUUACAGUUGAAGCCACCUGUCUCACGGAUGACUCGCCCAAACUCAGGCAAGCUAUUGAAGGUCUUGACGAGAUUAGGGAGAAGUGGCUACCAAAACUAGGAAGCAUGUUACUCUUAGGAUCAAUUUCCUUUCCUUUUCAUUUUCAUCUCCGGCCUAUCGCAAAUGGCAAUCAAAUUGACUUGCGAACUUUCAAUACAAAAGUCACUGAUGAUCAUGAACAAAGAUCGACACCAUCUUCUGUACAGCGUGAACCAGACAUGAUUGGUUUACUGAAGUAUUGGUUCAAAGAAUGUUACAACAACCACCCCUACUGCCGCCCUUCAAGUCCCUCGUUUAGUCCAACGAGGCUCUUGCUCAUAGAGAAUGAGUAUUCUGCGAGGAUAGUGGAAACAGAAGAUUGCAAUGCUCACUACCCAUAUGUUGCUCUGUCGCACUGCUGGGGAACUGUAAGCCGACUCAAACUCCAGAAGAGCAACAUGGUGGACCUGCUCAAGCAUAUCAGCAUCACAGAGUUGCCAACGACCUACAGAGAAGGAAUCUCUGUCACUUUGGCCCUUGGUUUCUCUUACAUAUGGAUCGAUUCGCUGUGCGUCAUCCAAGACGACGAAAAGGAUUGGGCUGAGGAGGCGGCCAUGAUGAAGGACGUCUUCGAGCAUUGCUCUAUCAACUUGAGUGCCACCGCGGCGCCCGACAGCUCACAAAGCAAUUUCACACACAGAGAUGCCACAAGUAUCCUGCUCCUUGAAGGUGAGACUCCCAAUAGAAGAGGGGAAAAGCAUGGACCAUCGAGAUUCUGGUUUGCGAGAAGUUGGGUGGACCUGAGGCAAGAAGACAUUGUACACUCGCCUCUCCACUCACGGGCCUGGGUAUUCCAGGAGGCGAACUUAGCUCGGCGCCGCAUCGACCUCGCUCGAUCCCAGAUGUGGUGGCAUUGCCAACAACACUGGGCUUGCGAGACGCAUCCUUCGGGCGUAUGGAGUCCAGAGGACUAUGAAUGGGAAACGGAAGAGAGCCAGCAAUAUUACAACAUGUGCAAGCGAAGAGAUAACCAUAACGCAUCGUUAGGUAUGUCUUCACUAAGCGGGCCAAUUACUAGCCAUACCUGGUUUGAGGGAGACUACCGACGCGAUUGGCUUGGAAAAAUCCACAGAUAUUCCAGUUGCGAUAUUACCAAGACAAAAGACAGGCUAAUAGCCUUUUCCGGGAUUGCUCAACGAUACGCUCAAGAUCAAGGACAUGACCUCAAUGACUAUCUGGCCGGCAUCUGGCGCCAAGAACUCCCUCAUUAUCUUCUCUUUCGGGCGACUCACGAAAAACCAACGUACCGCUCGGAUGAAUAUCGCGCUCCUUCUUGGUCCUGGAUCUCGCUGGAAGGACCUGUUCGCCCCCCACCCCCCCAACAUAGCAACCUAUUGCUCUCGUGGUCGAUGUGCAAGGUCAUUACAGCAAAAGCCAUCCAUCAGUCUGAGCGUUAUAAAGCUGGGGAGGUAAAAGGAGGCGUCAUCCAUCUGAAGGGCUGUUUAGUUGAAGUGCUACUGGGCAGUCAGGCACCCAAGUGGCCUGGCCAUCCAAGAUAUGAAGGGCCAGCCACUAAGAUAAUCGGUCCCGGCGCCUUCGAUGAACGUCUGAAUGGCAAAGAUUCAGUCAGCUAUCUUGAGCAUUCCCAGGGCCAGCUUGACCAAAGAAAAGAGGGAAUCGUGGACGGUGCGGUACGAAGAUCGAUUUGCUUCCAAACUCUGAACGAGCUGUCCGAGCAUAUUCGACUAUUUAUUUUCCCAAUUACAGGGGAAAUCAUCUACGAAGAAUUCAAGCCAGUUUUCUCAUGUCUUCUUCUCUGUCAGACGUCGGAUGACUGCUUGGCAGGGAGCGACAUUUAUCAACGUGUAGGCUGUCUUGGGUCUGUGGAGGGGCUCAAGCCUGUUCCCGAACGGGAUAUCUACAUCAUUUGACGUUCAUCAUUCUUCAUCUGUCGUUACAGAUAGAACCACCUCAGCAACAAUUCAACACAAUUUCAACUUCCUUCCACUCUGCAAUUACCUGUCUGUAUCUACCUACUGUCUAGACUCGCUACGAAAUACGUACCUAUCUAUCGAGCUAUUAUCCCAUGGCCACAGUCUGCCUCCAGCUUAGCCGAAUCCAGCACCUUGGACCCUCUCCAGUAGGCAGUUGCAAAAACAGAGACGUGAUGCAAAAAAGUCAUCAAUCAGGUACAUUUGCCACUUCGUCCCAUAUGCGGUUCCAAGUAAAGCGAAAAAAAAAGGGUUUAAGCAUCCCAUCAACGGGCGAAGCAGCGAC